AUGCGGCCUCUGCUCCCUCGUCCGGGACCCCCAGCGGCGGCGGCGGCGGCGGCGGCAGCACCGGCACUUGCUAUCUACGACUCCUCCAUCCCGCCUGUAUCAAAGACAUUGACCGCCUGCAAUGAAUGCCGUCAGAAAAAGACCAAGUGUGAUGGAGUCCGUCCUACGUGCUCCAGGUGCCGUCGUUCUAGGGCUACAUGCGUAUACGCCAGCGAUUCCAUCGUGGCGCAAAAUCACCUGAAGCGAAAACACAAGGAGUUGCAGGAGCUGACGGACUUGCAUAAGGAGCUGGUCAACAUUCUGCGCACAAGAAAACAACAUGAUGCUACCGCCGUUCUCCAGCGGCUACGGGCAGGUGAAUCCGUCGAAUCCCUCGUCAGGUUCAUCAAACAUGGGGAUCUCCUGCUUGAAGUUCGGCUGCCAACUGCGACUCAAAUGAGAUAUAACUUUCCCAUGCUCCCACCGACAUCCUUGCCGCCCUGCCUCGAGGAUGUCAAUAAUCCUUAUGUCCAGUCCAUGCUCUAUUACAAGACGUUCUCUGAACGGAGAAGGCCAAAUAUUCCCUCAAGUGCAUCCCCGCGCAAUGUCCCGGCGUACGAAAAACAGUAUGAAUGGCCAUACCAUGCUGCAGAACUUGUCGAGCCAGAACUGACCCAUGUGCGUGCUGCACAAUGGACCAGUGUGACAGACUCGGACGAUCUUAUUCGAGCGCUUCUCAAGUCCUAUCUGUAUUAUGAUUAUCCCUCCGUGGCCGUCUUCCAAAAGGAGCCUUUUCUCCAGAAUUUGGUUGCGGGGAAAAAAGAUUACUGCUCGUCCCUUCUCGUGAACGCCAUCUUGGCUUGUGCUUGUCAUUCGCACCGAGUGCCUGGAAGUUCUACUGAUUUUUGGAAUCCCCGAGAGCUACGUUAUCAGUUCAUGGCUGAGGCCAGGCGGCUCUGGGAGCGCGAGCAGUCGCGGAACCACAUAGCCAGCGUCCAAGCUGCGGCCAUCAUAUCGUACGUCCUCAACUGCGAUGGCGUGGACAAGGUUGGAUUCCAAUACUUGCAGCGCGCCAUCCGCAUGGCAGACGAUAUGGGCAUUUUCAAACAAUACAACAUGGUGGCAGAUAGCACGAGGCAGGCUGUAUACUUGACUACCGCGUGGGCACUAUACGGCCUACACGCCAUGCAGACAUUCCUGACUCGUCAGGCUCCCAUCUUCUUCGAACCGCCACCCAAUUUCCUGGUUGACGUGCCGUCGCAGGAUUCCCACCCGGGCGAACUCUUGGUUCUUUAUCCACAAGCAUCCGCGGCAAUCCCUGUCUACCAUAGUCUCGUAUUCAGCGCUCUCUGCAGACUGAUGAUCAUUAUGCACGACGUCGUCAUACGGUCAUUUGGCUCGGGAAGAUUCUCUGGCCCGAUCACUCUAAAUGAAGCUUUGCAGUAUCGCGAAAGGCUCCUAGCAUGGGAGCAGUCGUUACCUCCUGCCUUGCAAUCCAGUCAAAUAGCAUGUCCAGUGCAUAUCAAACUCCACAUGCAAUACUGGAUUCUGAUCAUCUUCCUCUUCGACCGCUUCAAUCAGGAAAUAUAUACAGGCUCGCAAACAUGCCGACCCGACGAAACACUAAAGGCGCGGACCAUUGCAACUGCAGGCUGGAAUUGCCUAGAGUCUCUGGUGUGCAUCUACUACGCGAGACACGGAUUUGAGGCAUGUGACCCCCUUAUCAUGUCCUGUCUGCAUUUCGUGGGCUUUGCUGCCCUCAAAGAUCUCUCUACCACCACUGGCCCUAUGCGCACCUCUCGACUUGCCACCGUCUUCCUGUGUGCCAAGGGCUUGCGUGAACAGGCAUACCACUACUACAUGGCCGAGGUUGUAUUCGCUCUGCUCCGCGACUCCCUGUCACCAGCAGACGCACAGCACCUCCGUCAAUUUGCGUAUAUUGAAAACGAAGAAAGGCGAAAACGUUUCAUGGCGGAACAUGUAUUUUCGCACUACGUGUUGAGAAGUACUGACAGCCACGACGAAACGCAAAAGGGCAGACUCGAUGAGCUCAUGAAAGCGUAUCAGAUACUGGACCUGGAAGAUCACGCCGAGAACCGCGACCAUCGCGAUAGUGGACGCGAUGCAAUGGAAGGCAUUGACUACAGCGACCGUGAGUAUAGCAAUAGCACGAGUCGAAGCCCCAGCUAG